UUGGUUGCCCGUCAAGUUUGUUUGUACCGAUGUAUUGCCAUUAUCAUAAUAGCUAUCCGUUCCCAUGAACUGCCUGCGUACUGGAAUUGAAUGAAAAAACAAAACAAAAAAGCAAUCCACAUGUACACCGACUUGCACAUUGACCUGCCAUGGCAUGACAUGUUCAGACCGUCUUCGAGUCAAGUGUACCCAGGUUGGAGCAAUCGUAUGAAGCGUGCAUGCAUGGAUACCUUUGGAUAUGCAUGCAGUCGGCCAGAAUACCUACACCAAUGUACAGUACGGUACGGUAAGUACAUGAUGUAUGUACAGUACGGGGCACAUGUGUUCCCCUGCAAGUACAGAGACGGAAGCGAAGCCUGGCCACUGCUGCUACCAGCACUUGAUUUGACUUGACCUCGAGUGUCCUAAUGCCAUGUAUUGAUAUCAUGUGGACCCUUGUCGCCUGCAGGCAGGAUCAUCGCGCAUACUAACCCGUGCGUGUACACACACGCACGCACAGAGAGCAAGAUACACACAUACAUACAAACAUACACUUUGUUACAUACACGGCUCUGGGCCGUAACUUACCUCCCAUUACCACGUUGUUGCCCAUUCGCGGCAUUGUUUGCCUUUUCGGAGCCUUCGCCGUCUCCAUCCGCCCACUCGUCUCGUCUCGUCUGUGCGCUCUCCCUCACCGACAUCAUCAGGCGACGCGACGUCAACCAACAUCCAUCCAUCCAUCCAUCCAUCCAAUCCAUCCACCCAUCCAUUCAGCCAUUGUCGGCCUGCCUCCCCCGGCCGGGCUUGUCGUGACUUUCUGUCGCCUCAAUAGCAACCCUUCGUUUGCUGCUCCCCGACUGGCCCACGACAAGAGAGAGCAAGCAACAAGAGAGCAAAGUCAUGACCGACCCUCCCAGGCGCAUCUCCUCGUCUGUCACACCCGCCUCCACUCCCGCUCCCGCUUCUGGCCCAUCUCCGUCCCCCAUACCGCUGCCGCCACCACUCCCCAAUCCGCCUUCCAGAUCCUACUUCUCGCGUUUCGUCAACAGCGCAUACGGCUCCCGCCCGCCAAGUGCUCAAGCCAGUCGCCCUGAUCACGGGGGUCGCACGAACCCGCUAGUCCCUCUGCCGGGUCUUCGGACCGGCUCGUCUCAAGAUGCUAGCCAUAAGACGGGCCUCGACAUCUCGGCUCUCGACAUCAAUCGGGAGAGGACCCACGCCAUUCUUGCUGGCAAAGAGAUACUCAAGACCGUCCGGGUACAGGAUACCAGGAUUGUCGAAGAAACCAAUUUACGAGCCGCCGUCAUCCAUUACGCUGACCGCUCUCAAGCACGCCAGCGUGACGGCUUCGGCAUUCAGGAUGUCAAAUGGUCGCACGGCCAGUUCAGCACGCAUAUUGCAACCGCUGCCGCGAACGGUAAGGUCAUUCUCUACGACCUCAAUCGAGCCGGCGUGGAGCUGGCUCGACUGCAUGAACACAACCGUCAAGUCCAUAAGCUUGCAUUUAACCCUCACUCGGGCCACCUGCUGCUCUCCGCCAGUCAGGAUGCCACAGUCCGCUUAUGGGAUCUCCGGGAUAUGAGAAAGGACAUCACUACCUGCCGAAGCCGCGAUCAAUAUCCGGCCAUCAAUGGGGCUGUCUAUGAUGUCCAAUGGUCUCCUACCGAUGCCGUCGAAUUUGCGUUGGGCACCGAGAACGGUACCAUCCAGCGAUGGGACUUUCGCUAUCACAAGAGCCCCAAGCAGAAGAUCACCGCUCAUGACACAAAACCGUGCACCUCCAUCGACUGGCAUCCCGACGGGAAACAUCUUCUCAGCGCUGGGGCGGAUCGUACUGUCAAGAUAUGGGAUUUCUCCGUCGAUGGAAGGCGUCAAAAGCCCCAACUGGCUCUUACCACCCCCUUUCCCGUUCAUAGGGCUCGUUGGCGUCCGCCAUGCUGGUCCGAUGAACAUCAUGAGAGAGGUGCCUAUCAGUGUAACCAACUGGCCACCUCUUAUGACCGGGAUCACCCAAUGAUCCAUAUCUGGGAUCUCCGACGCCCCUACCUACCCUCUCGGGAGAUCAACAAGUUUGCUAGCGCCGCCAACGAUAUGCUUUGGCACUCACGUGACACUCUAUGGACCGUUGGUCGCGAAGGCGUCUUCCAACAAAACGACAUUCACCGUGCGCCAAAGACGAUAGAUCGUCGUAACCUGCAGGCCCUUGCAAUAUCGCCAAGCGGAGAGUUGGGUGCCUUCGCACAAACAAGAACACGCAACAGACGUUCUACGCGCUCGGUCUACUCCGAUGACACCUACAUGGGUCACACACAUGACAAGCGCAGCAGCCCAGAGAAGAACAGCUUUCGCGGCUCCGCUGAAGACAGUGCAGAUGACAGCUUUCUUAGCUCUUCUCUCAAGAAACAUCACGGUCGUACGGCGAGUAAUCGGUCAACCAAAUCUUUCAGCAUCACGCCGCCUUCCGACACGCCUGCCAAAGUCAUGUUCCUCACCGAUUCCAUGGCCCUCUCCAAGGAAUCCCACAAGUCGCACCAACUUGCCAUUUGUGGAACAUUGCCUGGAUCUCACAACGUUCACGUACUGGCAUAUCUGGCUCAAAAGUACAAAUCCAUCGCCCUUCCAGAUCCGCCUACGCUACAAUCAUAUCAGGAUGUGCAUCACAUAUUCGAACAGAAUGCCGACUACGCUCAGAGAGCCGCAUGCCAUCGCUUAGCCCAGACGUGGAGGAUAGUGGGGGCCUCCAUCGCCGUUGCCACGCGGCGGCGAGCCAAGCUCCAUCGGCAACGUCGUCUCCAAGCGCAUCAACACAGUGCACUAGCGUCCUCGGAUAUGCGGUCAUUGACCCCGUCGAGACCACCAAACCUGCAUAACAAGCGCUCGCCUGUACGCCCUAACCCCGCAGUGCGUGCUCUUCUGGAAGUCGACAACAAACCAUCUUCUACCAAAUCGAGCGAAAGUCUGCCCGUCGCUACUGCUGCUGUUGAGAGUACCUCUAAUAUAGCCACACCGCUCGCGCGACCACUGGCAACCCCAGCCCUGUCGAUCAACGAUACGCUUUCCAAUGCCCUUCCCGAUCCAGACAAUAGUGAGGCGAUUGAGCUUCCACCGGCGGUCACGGGGCCUCUCGCGGAGAAGACUGGCUUACCUGCCCCAGCCAGCACUCAUUCCUCGGCUCACACCGAGAGGCCCAACUUCAAGGGGCCCCAAUGGUAUCGUUCUUCGAAUGACCUCGAUGAGAGGCGUGCUAUGGGAAUCAAUAUACAAAUCCCACCUAGGUUGGAUCGUCAUGAUUCCGACGAAAGCUUUGCCAUGUUUUCCGCAUCUACAGAUUCCCAGCGCGGGGGCUCCAUGCCUAAUUCAAUUGACAGUAGCAACUCCGAUUCGCAGGGAAUGGAAUCAAUUCCUGAAAAAUGGCAAUAUGAUGAAUUUCAAGGAUCCAGUUUCGGAAACCCUUCACGACCGCAAGCUGAUGAUACAGGCAAGGGUGUUGAGAUCUCGCCCACAACCGUUCCGCUUGGCGAUCAUGCGCCUACUAGCGCUGCAGCACCCAGCCAAGGUGGUCAGCAGGGGCCGAGCCAUGAUAAGACAGCUCGUACGGGAGAGGAAUCUAGCAGCAGGGAACAAGCUGCUCAGGACAUGAAGAAUUUGAAUCGUAACAACCAACUGCUUCGUCAUGAUAGUUCAGAAUCCUCUGCGUAUACUAGCAGUGGGGGAGCCAUGUCUUCGACAUCGUCGCUUUUGGAAUACUCAUACGAUCUCGAAGCGAGUGGCACAAUAGUUCCUGAGGCACACGAUGAUCCCAAAUCUCCACCAGUCAUGAGACCUUCGGCUACUCCGCAGUAUACAUCGGAAAGCGCUCCCCCACCCCCUGAUCUUAGUGCAGAAGAGCCUCUUUUGAUAUCGGAUUUUCAGGCUAUGCACGUCGACGCAGAGGAGCGCUCACCUUUCUCCGUGAUCGGCUUCCUUCAAGACACGUUGGCAUAUCACACCGACACUCUUUCUGAUGCGCAGACGUCUUCCCUUCUGUUGCUGCUACUGGCUCCCUUGCUGCCUCAAACAUAUGACACGUACAACACGUUAGAGAUUGAUGAGGACGACGUCUUUUCUACAGUUGCCGAUACACUAACCGCGCUUGGUUUAUCUCCUACACAGGUGAACACCAUACUUUCUACACAGCUUACUCAACUUCUAGCCACUGGCAUUAACCCCUACCAAGCUGAGUCUAUUCUUCAUACCUACCAUGACCAAUUGCAUAGUUUUAGAUUGUACAACUCGGCGGCAUCUCUUCGCCGUCUCGCAUAUCCCACCUAUCCUGGGGUCUACGAGCAGGCUAUGAAAGAAACACAAGUCGGGCUGUUGUGUCUUAACUGCAAAUCACCCAUCAACAAUUCAAAAGAUAAAAUGCGUUGCGAGUCAUGCAAAAGGGCUCAAGCCCCUUGUCCAAUCUGCUGGGGCCGUUAUCCCGCAUUUGAGCCGGUCACCGCUAAGAAGAAGAGCAAAUCCAAACACCGGCACAGCUCGAAAUACAGUGAGCAUACGAAGAGACGGACCUCUUCUUUGGCGUCCAACACUUUGGAUGUCGCGGUGGAGAACAACGACAUCCCGUCCCCUUUCGUUCCAGAGCAACCGGGCAACGCCAAAGCCACGCUGUGGACAUGGUGCCCGCUCUGUGGUCACGGAGGUCAUUCGUAUUGUCUUUCCACGUGGUUUACCAACUCAACGAUGUCCGAAGGGGCGUGUCCAACCGAAGGUUGCUUGUGUGACUGCGUGCAAGGCAAGAGACGCGAUGACAAAGUGAGCGCAUUACUCCUUCACAAAGAGGAGAAGGAACGCUCGAGAAUGGUUCGGAAAGGCGAUGACUGGAAAGUCAAUGAGAGCAAGGCUGUUUCUGCUGUUCGGGGAUCCAUCAGUGGCACAACUUUGCCGGUGCGUGAUGCUGCUUCGACAGCUCGUAAGGAGGAUGGCAAACGAGUGCGUGUUGUAGAGCCACAUGACGGCCAGGUGCAGCAGCAACAUGCUCCCAUGUCGCAGUUUGCCCCUCAUGCAACCUUCGGCAAACCUUCCAAAGGCUAA